AUGUCGCGCUCCUUCUAUGUGGACUCGCUCAUCAUCAAGGACUCCUCGCGGCCCGCACCCUCGCUGCCGGAAUCGCACCCAGGGCCGGAUUUCUUCAUCCCGCUAGGCAUGCCGUCCCCGUUGGUGAUGUCGGUGUCCGGGCCGGGCUGCCCGUCCCGCAAAAGCGGCUCUUUCUGCGUGUGCCCGCUUUGCGUCACCUCGCACCUGCACUCCUCUCGCCCGCCCGCAGGAGCCGGCGGCGGCGGUGCUACGGGGGCCGCGGGGGCCGCGGUGGCGGGCGGCGGGGCGACCGGGGGCACCGGCGCCCUACCUCUGCUCAAGAGCCAGUUCUCUUCCGGUCCCGGGGACCCACAGUUUUGCCCACGGGUGAGCCACGCGCACCAUCACCACCACCCGCCCCAGCACCACCAUCACCAUCACCAGCCCCAGCAGCCAGGCUCAGCGGCAGCGGCGGCGGCGGCGGCGGCGGCGGCUGCAGCGGCGGCCGCAGCGGCCCUGGGACACCCUCAGCACCACGCACCUGUCUGCGCCGCCGCCACCACCUAUAACGUGUCGGACCCGCGGAGAUUCCACUGCCUCACCAUGGGAGGCUCCGACGCCAGCCAGGUACCCAACGGCAAAAGGAUGAGGACAGCAUUUACCAGCACGCAGCUCCUGGAGCUGGAGCGAGAAUUCUCUUCCAAUAUGUACCUGUCCCGGCUCCGGAGAAUCGAGAUCGCGACGUACCUGAACCUGUCCGAGAAGCAGGUGAAAAUCUGGUUUCAGAACCGUCGCGUGAAGCACAAGAAGGAGGGGAAAGGCGCUUCGCGAAACAAUCACGCCAGCUGCAAGUGCGUGGGUAGCCAGGCGCACUAUGCACGCUCAGAGGACGAGGACUCCUUGUCCCCAGCCUCGGCUAACGAAGACAAGGACAUUUCUCCCUUGUAA